UUGACAUUUCGCUCAAUUUUUCUCUUCUAGCCUCAUGUAUUUCCCUUACCCUUACACGCAAUACUAUCCCCAGACGACGUCGACAAUGAUGGCCCAGCCCGGUGAGAUUCCGAUGAACCCACCCCCUCCACCGGUGACCAUGCCCCAACCGGAAUUUUACUCUACGACGAAACGCCGCCGUGACGAUUUUGACGGUGCGUGGGCUUCAGCAGGUGAGACAGAAGGAUCGGCUCCAAAACGGGCCAAAGCGCAAGAUGUUAUAUUUAGGAUCGUAGUGCCGUCGAGGCAGAUCGGGAAAGUUAUUGGGAAGGAAGGGUGUCGCAUACAAAAGAUUCGAGAAGAAACCAAAGCCACCAUCAAAAUCGCUGAUGCUAUUGCGCGACAUGAAGAGCGUGUCAUCAUCAUAAGCUCGAAAGAAAGUGAAAAUGCUUUAUCCGACGCCGAGAAUGCCCUCAAGCAAAUAGCCUCCUUGAUUCUAAUGGAAGAUGAUAGUCCAGCAGAAGCAUCAAAAUUAGUUGGUGCAGGACAUGUGGCUGCAAACACUAUAAGGCUCUUAAUAGCAGGUUCGCAAGCGGGUUAUUUGAUAGGGGUAUCUGGUCAAAACAUUGAGAAAUUAAGGAAUUCAUCUGGGGCCACUAUCACUGUACUGGCUCCAAAUCAGCUGCCUUUGUGUGCUUCUGCUCAUGAAUCUGAUAGGAUUGUGCAGAUUUCCGGGGAUGUACCUGUUGUGCUGAAGGCUCUAGAGGAGAUAGGUUGUCAACUCAAGGAAAACCCACCAAAACAGGUGAUUUCUAUCAGUCCAACAUACAACUAUAGCACGUUCCGACCCACUCAACCGUAUGUGGACCCAGCUUCAGCUGAUUAUGUAACUUUGGAGAUGAUGGUCUCGGAGACAUUGAUUGGUGGCUUGAUUGGCAGAAGUGGCUCCAACAUAUCAAGGAUCAGAAAUGAAUCUGGAGCAAUGAUCAAGGUUUAUGGUGGAAAAGGUGAACAAGAACAUAGGCAAAUACAAUUUGGUGGUACUGCUCAACAGGUAGCAUUGGCAAAGCAGAGAGUGGAUGAAUACAUUUAUUUUCAGCUGGUACAACAAGCUGGUGCUCAACCUCAACAGUCAUAUUUUCAGAGAUAAUGAAAGCUGGAAGGUCAAGAAGUUUAUGAAAAUGGGUUGGCACAAUUUCUUCUCAACAGCUAGUCUCUCUCAAUACUUAUAUCCCACCAAUGUUGAUAUAAAGAUGAGCCGUGUAGUUGGAUGACCCAUGCUUUUUGCAAGGAUGAUGUACAAGAGUGCUUACUUAGUGUCCAGGUUCCUUAAUAUUAGUGCGUAAUUGAACAAUUCCCUGGUAUUGUAAUGGUUGAUUUUGGGAGAGUCAAAUUGAAGUUUUAAAAUCCUUCUCUGUAGACAUGAAUAUUCAUUAGAAGAAGUUCAAUAUUGGAUAACACCACAGGACUAUGGAUUAGA